AAAGUUGCAAUCACGUGUUUCACUGUAGAAAGUUUGACAAGUUUGUCGACAGAAGUGCUCUGUUUUUCACGCUGUCGCACCUUGAAUGUCAUUCUCAUAUCUCCUUUUCUAACGCUAAUAACGAAAUCGGAUCAUCGACCAGGAAUCACGUCUUUUCCAACAGCGAAAACACAAGAAUACACUAAACAUGGAGAUCGUGCAGAAAGUCAUGUCGGGUUUUAGACUUGAUCUGGGACCCGUGAAAGAACCGCUGGGAUUUAUCCGACUUUUGGAGUGGGUUUUCACCAUUUGCGCCUUUGCCACGACUGGCGGUUUUGUUGGAUCCAGUGUCUUCACCGUGAAGUGUCCCAGUAAAUCAGAAGAGGUUUCUGCUCAUUUUGCAUAUCCUUUUAGGCUUCCAAGUCAACCAUUUAAUGUUCCUGAUUGCAAUGGGAGCAUGAAUCGCACUUAUCUGCAGGGAGAUUACUCCUCCUCAGCUGAAUUCUUUGUCUGUGUGGGUGUCUUUGGCUUCCUGUAUUGUACUUUUACCCUCAUCCUGUACUUGGGCUACCAGCAGGUUUACAGGGAGUCUAAUCGUGGCCCGACCAUUGAUUUCAUUGUGACCGGAAUCUUUGCUUUCUUGUGGCUGGUCUCUUCCUCAGCCUGGGCAAAAGGUUUAACAGAUGUCAAGAAUGCUACUAAUCCUGACACCCUAAUACUGAAAUGUCCCCAAGAUUUAUGCAAAACCCAAAGCUACCCUGCCAUGGGACGCCUCAAUGCCUCUGUGCUUUUUGGAUUCCUAAACCUCAUCUUGUGGGCAGGAAACUGCUGGUUCAUCUACAAGGAGACUCCAUUUCAUAAACCAGCCAGCCCACCACCGAACACAGAGGAGGGAGUUUCAACAUCUUAGUUAAACAAAACAGGCUCCUUCCUCUCAAGUCAUUCAGAAACAGAGGAUAUCCCCAUUUGUUAUUGUCAACACAUUGAAAAGAAACAACACUUUAAUAUGCAAAAGCUUCAAAUCAAUCCACUACAUUUAUAAAUGCUAAAUAUUCAUAAUUUCUUUGAUUUUUGUUUAUUUCAGUAAUGAUGUUUGUUUUGAUGGCACUGUCAGAAGCUAAUGUUUUCAAGCUGGUCAUCUGAAGUAAAGCCAAAAAAUAAACCAAAUUUUAAAUUAAAUCACAUGUCAAAUAGUGUGAAAUGAAGACUUUUGUUAUUGAAGUAAUUUGAGUUUAAGAUGACCUGCAUUUCAAUAACUCUAUAUAUAUUCACUAUAUUAAAUCAGACCUCAUGAAACAGACAUAGCAUUUGAAAGCUCUUGUGAAUUGCUUUGUCCUCGAACACUAACUCUCAGCCCCUAAUAUCUUACUGUAGACAUUUAAAGCUUGCCUUUCUGUGCUUUUUUUUUUUUACUAUUUAUUUAAAUGCCUUUUCAUUUAUGUUCAUGAUAGGAUAUUUUUGCACUUCCUGAACAAAUUUGUCAUCUGUCACCUUGUUAGGGAAGGACAAACUGGAAUAUUUUUCCUGAGUUCAGCCAUAUAGUUUGAAAUAUUAAGUCGGUUUUAUAUAUUUUUUUUAGUUGAGUCUUUGGUUAAUGUGGUAUUUGGUAACAAAUUAGUUUUCCAAUGGCCGAUAGAAAAAUGCUUUUAUUUUUAUUUUUUUGUCUUCUAUUAUUAUUUGUUUUAGGCACUUGACAUUGUAAUUGAGAAUGUCUGUAACAUAUGGGCUGAUAUGUAUAUUUUCAGAAAGAACAUUUAAUUUUGCGCAUCUCUAUCAUGUUUUACCAUCUUAUAUUUUUUACAGAAAAAAAGUGUGGGUAGGCAUUCAGUUUAAUUACGGCGAAUAGAAUAAUGUGUUAAUGGUGACCGUGUGGAGUUUGUUCUGUUAAAAAACAUUUAUUGGUAUUUGUUUCGUUUUUAAUCAGAAAAUAUUUCUGUCUUUUAUUAAAUCCUUAUAUAGUUGUUUUAAUCAUCUGAAGAAAACUUUGAAUAUUCAGUGCCGCAUAUUAUAUUAGACAAUUGCUGGGUCUGUCAACAUAAUUGAAUGCAAAUAGGCUUAAACAUAUUAAAUUAUUAAUAUAAAUUGCAUCAGAUUAUAGGAAAUGUAGUUUGGGUUUAAUUGUGAUUUAAAGGGAAAAAAGUUUGACUUGACAUCAAAAAUUGGUUUUGUUUUGGAGAAAUCCACAAAGUCCGUUUUUUGGGGAAAUCUUAAGAUAGACUUUUGGAAAAUAUAGGCCUAUAUUUUUGUUGUGGUUUGCGUCAGGAAAAUAUUUCCUCAAAGGCUGUUCGGAGCUUUGGUUAGUAUUAAAAGAGACCUGAUAAUUUUGUCGUGUUUUAUUUCAAAAAGGCUGCUGUUUACUUGAUAACCACUAGAUGGUGGUAUUGUAAACGCAAUAAAACCCAUCAAUUUAAAUCCCA